ACUGCGGUAAAGAAAUAAAAAUCUGAAUUGUAAGCUUUCGAUGAGCUGUGAAUUCACAAAAAAUUGUGUUACGGACUGGGAUUUCAUAAUUACCGUUGUUAAGUACAGUAAUAAUUAACUAUGAAAUUCCCACGAAUUGUAGUUUUAAUUUUCGUACUUACCCUCAAAGUGAAAGCUAACUCUCACCCGAUACAAACAGACACUGGCCCUAUCGUCGGGGAAGUUUUUUACACUGUGACUAAAUCAGUACCAUAUUUCUCAUUUAGGGGAAUCCCAUAUGCCGAACCUCCAGUUUUUAACUUCAGAUUUCAGCCUCCUAAGCCAAAAAAACCUUGGAGAGAAACAUUAAAUGCAAAUUCGGACAAAGACAAAUGCAUUCAGUCAAGCAACAAAAAUAUCUCCGGUUCAGAGGACUGCCUGUACCUUAACGUUUACACGCCAACCAACGUAACUUCGGAGUCAAGUUUAAAACCGGUAAUAAUUUGGAUCCACGGCGGAGCCUUCACUACCGGUUAUGCCAGCAAAUCUUACUACGGGCCAGAUUUUCUCAUAGAAGCGGACGUCGUUGUCGUUACCGUGCAAUAUCGGCUAGGACCAUUAGGUUUUCUAAACGUAAAUCACCCAAGCGCUUCCGGAAAUAACGGCCUCAAGGAUCAGAACUUGGCUUUGAAGUGGAUCCAGAGGAACAUCCGCAAUUUCGGAGGUGACCCGAAAAAAGUGACACUGAUGGGCCAAAGUGCGGGUGGUGUGGCGGUGGAUCUCCAUAAGUUGUCGAAUAUGUCAGCUGGUUUGUUCCAGCACACAAUUUCCAUGAGCGCAUCUCCUCUUUGCACGUACUGGGCGUUCCAAAGCAAUGUCGAAGCACGUACGCAAGCGUUCCUGCUGGGCUCUAAUCUCGGCUUAAAGACAGACAACGAAGAGGAAUUGUUAAAUUUUCUGAAAAACGCCACAGCCGGUGAAAUCAUCAAAAAAGCUGGCGAACUACCAGGGAUUCCCUUUAGGCCAACGUUGGAGCGGGCCGAUGUUGCUCCGGACGAACCAAAGUUUUUAACUGAGUGCACGCCAAAAUUGUACCACGAAGGACGUUACAACAAAGGCCCUCAUAUGAUGGGUUUCACAUCAAACGAAAUAUUGUUUCUAGCUAAAAGUUUGGAUGAUUUGAUACAAUAUUACAAAGAUGCCGUGAAAUCAAUUAACAAUAAUACUUUACUGAAAGCCAUUCCGAUCGUGUCAAAAAUCAUAUCCAUACCGUUUGAAGGAAUCGCAGAAUUAAAAGAAGCAGCUUUCUCUGAAUUAAUUGAGGACUUAUCGGACAUUUAUUUUGUAUCGGGGAUCGAUAUGAAACAAAAAUUGCUUUACAAACACAACAACGCUCCAAUAUACUAUUACCAUUAUCUUUUCAAAUCGUCGCAAUCCGCUCAUAAAUCUGCAGGCAUUAAAAAUUUGGAUGGAGUUGCGCACGAAGAUGAAUUGCCUCACAUUUUUUACAGGCCUCAUUUGGACAUUGAUAUCUUCAGUCCAAGAAUUACAACUAUGAGGGAA